AUGGGCGUCGAGUUGUCGAUCGAUCCGCCGGUGUGUCCGAUUCAGGCGAAUGGCGGCGUCUCGAAGCAUAAGAUUAUCAAUCACUGCGACAAGAUGUUGGCGUUCAAGAUCAAAUCCUCGAACAAUUCCAACUAUAGUGUCAAUGAGAUUUUCGGAUUGAUCCAAAUCGGCUACACGUUCGAUCUUGUGAUCACAAGAAAGCCGGGCAAACCGCAAAAGGACAAGCUUGUUAUCCAAUAUGCCGCUGUUGAGCAGACGUGCAGGGACCCAAAGGAGCCGUUUGCCUCCGGCGCUCCGGUUGGUCCAAUCACCGGUGAGACCACCAUCAAGCUUUCCGCUGCCGAAUAA